GACCCCACCAGGUCCGACUGAUUGUUGUCCACCAGCACCACCACAACCACCAGUGGCAAUUAAUUAUUCAGUAAGCUUUGAUAGUAAGCCACUUGCCACUGUGGCCUCAUCAGCGAGAAGCGUGCUCUGCCUGCUCUGCUCUCUGAAGGAACGGACGGACCCGUAUUUGAAGUGUGCGCCACAGUUCACGCAGCGAACAGUGCCUGCCGAACAGGGACCGUGAGUGGAUGCAAAACAGCUCCGCAAAAGUACAGCCAAUAAUGAACUCGACUACAGCGAAAGUGACGCUGGUGGCGAUGCUGCUGCUGGUGAGCACGGCCCUGGGUAAGCAGAUGGUCGAAAGCCAGGAGCGUGCCGUGCCCUACUACGGGACGGUAAACGACCAGCCCGUCGUCGGCAUUCUGUCCCAGGAGCUGUCCUACCUGAUGACGCAAAACUAUGGUGACGACGGGUACGACAGCUACAUUGCGGCCUCGUACGUAAAGUUUGUCGAAGGUGCCGGAGCACGCGUUGUGCCGAUCUGGAUCAACCAGCCGGUAGAAUACUACCAAACGAUAAUGGCCAACCUGAACGGGGUGCUGCUUCCGGGCGGUGCUACCUGGUUCAACCAGAGCAACGGUUAUGCCGAUGCCGGCCGACACAUCUACGACAUUGCGAUGCAGUACAACGAGAACGGUGAGUACUUCCCGCUGUGGGGUACCUGCCUCGGGUUCGAGCUGCUCACCUAUCUGGCCGCGAACGGUACGGAGCAUCGGGCCCACUGCCGAUCCAACAGCCAGGCGUUGCCACUGAACUUUAAGGACGAUUUCCGCAAGAGCCGGCUGUUUGCCAGCGCCCCGAACGACGUGAUCGACAUCCUGAGCAACGAACCGGUGACGGCCAACUUCCACCAGUUCUGCGUGACCGAGGCGAACCUGACCGCGUACGGGCUGGACGAGGAAUGGCGCGUAAUGUCCGUCGAUCGGGACUGGAACGGGAUGGAGUUUAUCUCCACCAUCGAGCAUAAGAGCUACCCGUUUUAUGGCAUUCAGUUCCACCCUGAGAAGAACAUUUACGAGUGGAUACAGAACAAGAACAUCUCGCACACGGCGAACGCCGUUCGGGCGGCCCAGUUCUUUGCCGACUUCUUCAUUGCCGAAGCGCGCAAAAGUGACCACAGCUUCCCGAACGAGGCCACGCUGGAGAAGCACGUGAUCUACAACUACCAGCCGAAAUUUACCGGGCUGCAGCGGUCCAGCUUCGAGCAGUGCUACAUGUUCCAGGAAUCACCCAAAGUGUUGCCCAAAGUGAUGAAAUCCAAAAAGGUCGUGCUGAAGAAAAAGAUCCUCCAGCGCGAUCCGCCAGCCACCGCUGGCCUUUAAUUACCACCGAGAUACGGAUAAUUGAGCGGACGGGAGGGCUACAACAUUGUUGCACACACAAUGGGCUGUGUGCAUCGUUGUGUGUAUUAUCGAUGGAAUUAAAUCUUAAGAUACUGCUCCUGCUGCUGCUACCUGUGGUCGUAAAAAAACAACGCAGAUUUGCUGAUAAGAACGACACUGGCUACUAUCUUUACUGAUUGGCAGAAGAGCAGAAGAUGAGACAGAUGCAGCCAGAUUGGCUAUCUUAAUUAUUCGAGCUUCUGUGGGGACAGACACACACACACACACGUCAAGAGUGUAGGAAAACAAAUAGAAGAGAAUUCACGUGCAA